AUGAUUGUGUGUCUCCUUGCAGGACUCAAAAAGUGUGCCCAUAAAGUGGUAAACUAUAAAAAACUUUCAGAAAUUACGCAAGGUCCUAACAAAAACCCAGCCCUUUUUCUCUCUGGUUCAACUGAAGCCACGAGAAAAUAUACCAACCUAGACCCAGCAAGCCCAGAAAGAACUACUAUCUUAAACCUUCGGUUCAUCUCCCAGCCCACCCCUGAUAUUCGGUACAAGUUUCAGAAGCUUGAUGAUGGCCCUCACACCCCAGAACGAGACCUUCUUAAUUUAGCCUUCAAAGUCUUUAACAAUCAUAAUGAGGAAAGUAAAAGGCAAAAACAGGGAGAGUUUCAAAUGCUUGCUUCCACCAUCGGGGCCCUGCAGGCCCACAGGGCCACAGCUCCACAAGGAAGCCUCCUAGCAAUCCACCUCCACCUGCCUGUUUCAAGUGUGGCAAUGAAGGCCACUAGUCCAGAUAAUGCCCAAACCCAGGUAAGCCCACCAGGCAGUGUCCCCUCUGUGAAGGACCCCACAGGAAGUUGGACUGUGAGUGGCCCCUGCAAGGACUGCCCCUUCUUAAGCCAGCCAAAACCUCCUACUCGAAUCUCAUUGGCCUUGCUACUGAAGACUGAUGGUGUCCUGGAACGGACGCCCCGGCAACUACCAUCGCUUCAUCUGAUGGUGGCAGGUAGGCCAGUAUAGUUUUUUUUUUUUUUAAUUAAUAUCGGACAACCUACUCUGCUUUACCUAAUUUUUCAGAACUCACCCAGUCUUCCCAAGUCUCUGUUGUGGGAAUUGAUGGAUAAGUCUCCAAACCCCAAGCCACUCCUCCACUUUUCUGUUCCCUGCACACCUUUUCCUUCACUCACUCUUUCUGAGUCCUGCCCUCAUGCCCAACUCCGCUCCUAGGCAGAGACAUCCUUUCAAAACUCCACACUAUCCAUUUCCACAUUCCCCACGGUACCCAACGCAGCAACCCAGACCCCUCCAGGGCUUCUAACUUUCUUCUACUCCUCCAACCUCCCACCUUAAAACAUGCAACUUUUCCUUAUCCCCCAUCCAUAGUUAACCCCGCUGUUUAGGAUACUUCCAGACCCUCAGUU